AUGGCACAGCUGGACUCCCAGGAUGGGUGGACCAAGGUGUCCCUUGGUGGCAUGAUUCAUGACACUCAGAUGUUGAGUAUGAACUUGGAGAGUGAAGAGGAGAAUGGUAGGGAAGGUGGCUCCCCAAGAGCUCAGAACAACACUGACUUGCAGUUUGACGCUCAGUCCUGCAAAGAGGAAGAGAACUGGUCUGAGUGCUUCAGUACUGAGCAUGUGGAGCAGAAACCUGGGGAGACCAACAACUGGGGGAAAAGGGGAUCGAGGAUCACCCAGACUCAAGACUCCCCCGGAUUACAGGAGGCUCUCAGUGUCCCUUCCAGAAGUUUCUUACACAAGAUUCAUACACAGCCUCUUAGAAACUCUGUGGGCAGUGAUGGGGGCAAGAAGGCAAAUAAGGACUCAGCCUCGGAAAACCCGACCAGCUUCUUGGACAGUGAAAGGUCUUUUGGGGCACAGAACAGUGCUGAAGCAUCUUCCCUAGACAAGAACUUUCUGGAGCACUUUUCCAUGUCUGAGAGUACCCCAGCUCAGCCUUCAACCAUUCCCGCCAGCCUGGCAGCAGGAUUGGUAAAAUCACAGGGCAGUAGAAAAGUCCUGGGCCAGGUGGGUCCAGAAGGCAGCGGGCAGGAAGAGGAGGGUCCCGAUAGGUGUGUGCAGGGCAGGCGGGCCUUCCAGAAGUCCAGCAAAGUUCAGGUCCCCGUGGAACAUCAUGGCGCCAAGCCCUACGUGUGCCAACUGUGUGGGAAGGCCUACUCCCAUCGCAGCACGCUCCAGCAGCACAGGCGCCUACAUACAGGCGAGCGGCCAUACCGGUGUCCCUUCUGCGACAAGGCAUACACUUGGUCCUCCGAUCACCGCAAGCACAUCCGCACCCACACUGGCGAGAAACCCUAUGGGUGCCCGGACUGCGGGAGGGCUUUUGUGCGUUCCUCCGAUCUGCGCAAACACCAGCGCAACAUGCACAGCAACGACAAGCCCUUCCCGUGCGCCCAGUGCGGCUUGACCUUCAACAGGCCACUGUCGCUGCUGCGCCACCAACGCACGCACCUGGGCGCCAAGCCCUUCCGUUGCUCCUCCUGCGGCCGUGAGUUUUCCGUGGCCAGCCGCAUGGUGGAGCAUCAGCGCGUGCACUCGGGCGAGCGGCCCUUCCCCUGCUCCACCUGCGGCAAGUGUUUCACCAAAUCCUCCAACCUGCAGGAGCACCAGACGCUGCACACCGGCCAGAGGCCCUUCAAGUGCGCCGACUGCGGUGUAACCUUCGCGCAGCCCUCGCGUCUGCUGCGCCACCAGCGCAUCCACACCGGCGAGAGGCCAUUUCCGUGCGCUGAGUGCGGCCAGGCUUUCGCCCGUUCCUCUACCCUCAAGCGGCACCAGCAGAUCCACUCUGGGGACAAGGACUUCCUCUGUGCGGAGUGCGGCAGGGCUUUCCGCAUCGCGUCCGAGUUGGCACAGCACAUCCGCACGCACAAUGGGGAGAGGCCUUACCAGUGUGAGGGCUGCGGCCAGACCUUUACCCGCUCCAACCACCUCCAAAGGCAUCAAGCCAAGCAUGACACCUGCAAGAAGGAGCCUGUCCCUUCCUUUUCCGAUGAGUGA